AUGGCUCCAUUUGUGCCCUACCACUACUCAGCUGGCCAGUCGACCAUUAUUAAAUUUGGCGGUCUUCUCACCACUGAAUUCCUCGAACCUCCACCAGGCCGUUGCUUUCUAUUCCGUCAGACAUACCGCCACACCAUUGAAGGGUCGAUCCCAGAAAAUUUGCGCAAGCUCAUUAACAGCGCCGAUCGACCAAAGGGUCCGCCGCCGCAUUUUCACCAAUUUCAAACCGAGUACUUCCGCGUCGAGAAUGGUGUGCUCGGUAUUGCAGUGGACGGGGUCGUCCGCCGCAUCACCCCCGAAGACGGUGAGAUCUCGGUCAAGGCGGGCAGCGUGCAUAACUUCUUCAUUCAUCCAGAUUCUCCCGAGAGCAUGACGGUCUACCUAAGUGCAUCGGACUCCGGGAAUGACUACCAGCUCGAUCGGGUCUUCUUCGAGAAUUGGUACGGCUAUUGGCACGACGCACUGUUGCACGAUGGAGGAAUUGAUUGGAUCCAGUUCCUCGCGAUCCAAGACGGCGGAGAUGCCUAUACACCCGCUCCCGCAUGGGUGCCCUUUCGCCGGCAGGUCGGAUAUUGGACCUGUGUGAUCGUAGGCCGUUGGAUUGGAGGGCUGCUGGGUUAUAAGCCCUUCUUCCGAGAAUAUACUACGGAUUGGGACUUUGCUGUCGCCAAGAUGAAGGGUUCCUUCUUCCAGCGCCAUCUGGUGCACGCCGCAUUCGAGGAGGAGAAAUCCUGGACAAAACAGGCGGAACUGGAACCCAGGGCUAAGCCUGAAAAUGCCGAAUUCGAGCAGUGGACGGAGGAUAUGUCCCCCACACCAUUAGGCCUGGGUCCAGUGGCCUAUGAUCAGGGGCAGUUCAACGGCGCACAGCCCAGGUCAGUGAAUGGGUCCAACGGUCACUCCACAGGGGUCGAGAGCAAGUUGGAGCAGUUGGGGUCUUGGACACAGCGACGGACGGUGGUCGAUGAUGCGGACAAGUAG